GGCGCGUCUGAGAAAGCAAGUUAGCUAGCUAGCUUUGCUAGAAGUGUAUUUAUUUUCUAAGAAGUCGACUUUCUUUCCGGGUUUGUGGCCUCGAAAAGUCACAUACAAAUGAGUGUCAUCUUUAACAAAUCCUAAUUAAAUCUAGCUCGUCGCUUUAGCUCUCUUGUAAGGGAGAAAUCCCGUUAGCAUGCGAAGGUAGUUCGGUUAGUUAGCUAGCUGGCUAAAAGACGAGAAGAGUCAGCAGCAGCAGUUAAUCCCUGAGCUAAUCCACUCACUGAGGAUCCUUUCCAUCUUACUCCGUCAAAAACGCCGUCGCUUAUGUUCUUGGAAACAACAGAUGCAUGAAUUUAGCAUCGAGCCGCAGUAAAACAGUGUUGUGGAGUCGCAGGUAAAAAAGCUAGCUUAGUGAUUUAUUCACGAACUGAGAUCUACAUCUGUGAUCAGAGCAGAGAAGAUGGAGCUCAGUUUAAACCAUGUUGAUUACCUCCAGGUUGGAGUGACGUCUCAGAAAACGAUGAAACUUCUGCCUGCAGUGGGACGAAAAGCAACACAAAAGGUUGCUGUUGCAGAUCAUGAUGGUGUAGUAAACUGUUUCGGGAUGAAAAAGGGCGAGGCAGUUCCUGUUUUCAAAAGUCUCCCCGGGCAGAAGAUCUCCAGACUGGAGCUGGGAGGUGCUUUGGGCACACCACAGGAGAAGAUCUUUGUGUGUUCUGGCUCUGAGGUCAGGGGCUACACCAAAAAGGGAAAACAGUUUCUCUCUUUUGAGGCCAAUCUGACUGAGAGCAUCAAUGCUAUGCAUGUUUCUGGGGCAGACCUUUUUGUGUGUGCCAGCUACAUUUACAACCACUACUGUGACUGCAAAGACCAGGACUAUUACCUGUCAGGAGACAAAAUCAACGACAUAGUUUGUUUACCUGUGGAAACAGUGGGUCGUACGGUGCCUGUCCUUGCCUGUCAGGACAGAGUCCUUCGUAUAUUACAGGGCUCUGAGCUGUUGUAUGAUUUUGAAGUCCCUGGACCCCCAUCUGUUCUGGAGCUUCACAACAGAGAUGGAGGUAAGAAUGGGGAAGAGGUGCUUUAUGGAACAGCUGAUGGAAAAUUGGGACUUGUCCACUUAACCAGUUCAGCUCCAGUCUCCAGAUGGGAGGUGGACAAUGAGAAGAAAAAAGGAGGGGUGCUGUGCAUCGAUACAUUUGACAUUCUGGGUGAUGGUGUGAAAGACAUUCUAGUUGGCAGGGAUGACGGGACAGUAGAGGUGUAUGGAUUGGACAGCUCCAGUGAACCCACACUCCGUUUUGAGAAUGUUUUGUCUGAGAGUGUCACAUCAAUCCAGGGGGGCUGCGUAGGAAAGGAGUCAUAUGAUGAGGUUCUAACAACGACCUACACAGGUUGGGUGUCAGGCCUCACCACAGAGCCGCAGCAGAUGGAGGCGGGGCCAGGGGAUGAGGUGAAGAUGAGCCGAGAGACCCAGGCCAAAGUGGCUGCUCUCAGGGCAGAGUUGGAGCAGCUGCAGGUGAAGGUAAUGCAGGGUCGGGAGAAGUACCAACAGAGCUCUCAGUCCAGCACAGCUGUGUCCGCAGUGCCCGUCUUCAGCAUCAAUGACAGGUUCACUCUCUGCCAGGACGAUGCCAGCUACAGCCUCACGCUGGAGGUUCAGACUGCCAUUGACAACCUGCUGCUACAGAGUGAUGUUCCAAUAGACCUCCUUGAUGUGGAUAAAAACUCAGCAGUGGUUAGCUUCAGUGAAUGUGAUUCAGAGCCAAAUGGAAAUUUCCUGCUUGCCACCUACAGAUGCCAGGCUAAUACAACAAGGCUGGAACUUAAGGUGAGGUCAAUUGAGGGUCAGUACGGCACUCUUCAGGCCUACGUAACCCCACGGCUGCAGCCCAAAACCUGCCAGGUCCGACAGUACCAGAUCAAACCACUGUCCCUCCACCAGAGGACCCACAGCAUCGAUCAGGACAGACCCAUGAACACUUUGCGGUUGGUGGGCCAGUUCAGCUUUGCAGAGAUCCAUUCGUGGGUUGUGUUCUGCCUGCCUGAGGUGCCAGAGAAAACCCCAGCAGGAGAAAACAUCACCUUCUACUUUCAAAACACUUUUCUGGGAACACAACUUGAAGCCAGUUACUGCAAAGGUGAAGGGAACUUUAAAUCAGAUAACAUUUCCACUAUAUCCAUCCUCAAAGAUGUCCUCUCUAAGGAGGCCACCAAGCGCAAAAUCAACCUGAACAUUUCUUAUGAAGUGAACGAAGAUUCUGUAAGCCAUACGCUGAAGAUGAUUCAUCCUAAGCUCGAAUAUCAGCUCUUGUUGGCCAAGAAGGUUCAGCUUAUUGAUGCUUUAAAGGAGCUGCAGGUGCAUGAAGGGAAUGCAGAUUUCCUGAUUCCAGAGUAUCGUAGUAUACUCGAUGAGUCUGCCCGUCUUUUAGAGGAAUACAAGAAACAGCCAGCUCACCUGGAACGACUGUAUGGCAUGAUAACCGACCUCUUCAUUGACAAGUUCAAAUUUAAAGGGCAGAAUGUCAAAACAAAGGUUUCACAGCUUCUUGAAAUAUUAGACAACUAUGACCUGAAUUCUCUGAUGGAUUUUUUCAACGAUGCUUAAGAAAAGAAAAGUCAAGAUUCAGUUGGUUACUUGUAAUUGUUUUAUUGUAAAUAGUUUUCUCAGAUAUUUAUUUGCUGUAGAACUUUUUCAUGUACAGAAGUAUACUGAGAUACAUGAUGUGUUGUAUCAUGUAAUGAUGGUGAGAUGUGAGUACUGUGUCAUCUUUUUUGACAUAUUUGUUAAUUUUCGUCAAUUCUUCUAGGUCAUAUUUGUGUCCAAUAAAUUCAUUCUCAAGUCAUUGUUA